AUGUCCAACGAUCAGAAUCCUGGGUGCGGUUUUGCCUCGUUGCCCGCAGAACUCAUCGCGGACAUCAUAGCCUUCCUCAGUCUCUCCGACAUUGCCCAACUGCUGCGCGUGAACUCACCCCUUCAUGAAGCUUGCAUCAAGGCCAUCUACACACAGACGCAAGACGUCUUCGAAUCUGACAACCUCUUCGAGCGCAACCAUACUCACGCCCGCCCCCCUCUCGACAACGCCAAGUAUGCGCAGCACGUCCGCUGCCUCGAUGUUCGCGCCCGGCCCCAGGCUUGCUGCAACCUUCCUCCCUUCUCGCUGCCCAAUCUCGACGUGCUGCGCCUCCGCUUCGACACCGAGUUUCUCGAGUGCAACCGCGGCUGCCUCAUCCCCGAGUUCGUGUCGACGGACGUCUACAAGCCAAAAAUGCUCAUGAUCCAUACCCCGACGUCGUUUUACGGUGAUGCUUUCCCCAUCGACUACGUCGCCGAGAAGAUCAAGACGGCGGAACUCGUCCUCGUUGUGAAGUGCUCUGCUGGCUGCGACAUGGCUGUGAGCAAGUGCACACCCGUCACUGCACGCUCCGUCACGAUCAUCAUUCACGUCGGCUCGCUUCAAGAGACGUUCCCCGCCAUCCAGAACCUCUGCACACGCUUGGCCAACUUGAGUUGCUACCCAUUCUACGGGCAUCGUCUGCAGCAUGUCCGCUUCGUGCUUGCGGGCAUUGAUCUCACGUCACGUUGUUAUGACCAGCUCCUCAUCAGUCUGCAGGAGCACAUCAGGAAGUGCACGCAUUACAAGGGAGACGAUGCACCCGGUGCAGACGCCACCCAGGCCGCCUUAUUUGCUGGGCCCUUGGCUGGCGACCUGCAGGAGGACGCCGAGCCCGUUUCCAAUCUUCCUCCACCCGCCAUUGAGGUUUGCUCCCUUUACGACUACUGUCUCUUGAAGUCGGGUCAGCUUGUUCUGAGUUGGGAAGACAUCGCCGACCACUGUGACCUCGCUCCCGAUAACGAGUUGGACGAUCCGAAGUCAAUCAAAGACUUCAUCGAGAGCUACAGCUACGCCGGGCCAGCCAGGAACACCGAGCUACCUCGAGCGGAGGACAUCCAGGGGCUGCUUGCUCUUCACAUGGGUCAGCUGGUCUUUGGGCUCUAG